CUUCAAAUAAUCUUAAAAUGAAGCAACUGAUUGUAAACAUGUCGUUUGCUUGAAUAUAGGAUUGGUUUUAUGGCGUUCAUAAAUGAUAUGGUUCACAGAACAGCAGGCUAAACCUGUAACUAUACUAUCAACAUAAACAAGGACAGACGAGGACAUGUUGGGUUGAUGUGAACAUUCUGAGAUUCCGUUUCCCAUCACAAAGAGGAUGUGGGCUAUGAUGAUUGCUUAAAUAAUAUAAUAUAUAAAUAAAGCAGUGCUGAUGGAGAUCCAUCCUCGCUGAUGGAUUCCGAACGGGUGAUGGCCAGGCCAAGCCACAGCGAUCAUGUGCUCCAGCAGCUCAACAACCAGCGGGAGUGGGGCUUCCUGUGCGACUGCUGCAUCUCCAUCGGAGACAUCUACUUCAGGGCCCACAAGGCGGUGCUGGCGGCCUGCAGCUCCUACUUCCGGAUGAUGUUCAUCAGGGACCAGCAGGCGGCCGGGCGCCUGGACCUGAGCAACAUGCAGAUCAACGCCGAGUGCUUCGACCUCAUCCUGCAGCUCAUGUACCUAGGCCGGAUCGUGGUGGGCAGCUACGAGUUCGAGGAGCUGAAGGCGUCCAUGGCCUACCUGCAGAUGUACUACAUCCCCGACUCCCUGGACGACCUGCGGGACAUCCGGAGCUCCAACCUGACGCCCUCCUCCUCCGCCUCCGCCUCCUCCUCCUCCUCGUCCAGCUCCUCCUCCGCCGCGCCGGUCGCGGGGAAGAUGAUGUUUGGCGUGCGUAUGUACGAGCAGCAGAGGACCGCCGCCGAGACGGACCGGCCCAAGAUGGCCGUCGCCAGUGUCGCGACCCGCCCAGCGGCGCCUCCCGCCCCCGUGAUCCGGGUGGCGGCGCUGCCGCCGCCGCCGCCGGCGGAGGAGGUGGUGGUGGUCGCCGGCACGCCUCUGAUCGUGGCCCCGCCCCUCGUGGUCCUGGACGGCCUGGUGGAGCAGCCGUGCGACCUCAGGAAGAGGUCGGGCGGCAUGGGCCGGAGCGCCAGCAUGAAGGAGCGCCCGCGCUUCGGUCGCACCUACACCUGCGACGACUGCGGCUUCGUGUUCAGCUGCGAGAAGCUGCUGAUCGAGCACAUCCUGACGUGCACCAACCGGAAGGCCUUCCCGACGCCCCGGGCCGCCGCCGAGGCGGACAACGACUCCAGCAAGGCGGAGAGCUCGGCGUCCGAGGGCCUGGACGAGCACCGGGUGGUCUGCAAGGAGGAGUGGCCCGAGGACCCGGCGGACGCCAUGAACCGAUCGGUGGCCGCCGGGAGCGACCGCGGCGAACCCGCCACCGCCAAGACCGUCUCCAUCAAGACGGAGCCGGAGGACCCCCCGUACUCCGAGAUAGAGGUGGUCCGAGUGGGGCAGCCGCACGCCUCCGACUCUACCGGCCGGGCCAGCGACCCCAGGGUCCAAGACUGUACUAUACUAAAGGAGAAGGAGGAACCGGAUCAGGAGCACUCCGAGCCGGGCUUCUCCCGCAUGGACGACGCUCCUCAGGGGCCCUUCGAAGGUCACAUGUCCAGCAGCGACGACUCUGGGAUCCCCUCGAAACUGCGCAAGGUGAAGGAGGAGAAGCAGCCGGAGGAGGAGGAGUCGGCGCCCUGCGAGCUGUGUGGCGUGGAGCUGACGGAGGACGACCGCUCAGGCCACUACCUCUCCAGCCACAUGGGGCACAUCUGCGCCUGCGGCCGCUGCGGCCAGGUGCUCAUCAAGGGCCGGCAGCUGCAGGAGCACGCCGAGCGCUGCGGCGAGGCCCAGGAGGCGGAGUCGGACUCCCACGGCGAGGACGACUCCUCCCUGAUGGAGGAGGAGGAGGCGCAGGGGAUGGAGGACGAGGAGGAGGCGCCGGGGCUGGAGGAGGGCCUGCAGGACCCGGCCGACCUGGCCUGCCUGCACUGCGGCCUGGUGUUCCAGAACGAGGGCCGGGCCUUUCAGCACGCGCUGGCCUGCCACGAGCAGCAGCUGCUGCGCCCCGCGCCCUCGGAGGACGGCGGCGAGCCCGACCACCGCCGCAAACACUUCUGCACCCUCUGCGGGAAAGGCUUCUACCAGCGCUGCCACCUGCGGGAGCACUACACGGUGCACACGCGCGAGAAGCAGUUCAGCUGCCAGACCUGCGGCAAGCAGUUCCUGCGGGAGCGGCAGCUGCGGCUGCACACCGACAUGCACAAGGGCAUGGCGCGCUACGUGUGCCCCGUGUGCGACCGGGGCACCUUCCUCAAGCACGACCACGUCCGCCACAUGAUCUCCCACCUGGCGGCCGGCGAGACCAUCUGCCAGGUGUGCUUCCAGGUGUUCCCGAGCACGGAGCAGCUGGAGAGCCACAUGGACGUCCACCUGUACAUCUGCGGCGUGUGCGGCGAGAAGUUCCGCCUGCGUAAGGAUAUGAGGGGCCACUACAACUCCAAACACACCAAGAGGCUCUAGCGGGGGGCCCGUCGGUGACGGGCAGCCCCCUGCUGCUAGAUACCAAGCCAUAAAUGUGACAACAAAUGUAUGCACUUAAAACACCAAAAAAGAUGUAAAACUGCACUUUUACAGGAUCUACAUUAGUGGUGCCUCGGGCUUAAAUGUGUUUCAGCUUUACGCUUAAUCCUUCCCCAAUCCUUUUUACUGAGUCCAACUUGAGAGAAUUUCUGAAUUUCGGGUAAUGAUGCGGUCAUACAUUUCCUCUGAUGUGUAUUGGCUUCAGCUUUAUAAAUUGGCAUCAAGGCAUGCCAUGGCUUGGCACCUAAGAUGGCUGAUAGUUCAUGAUAGUGCACCAAGCAUUUAGCUGCCUAGUAUUUUACCAUGACGUAGAAUCAAGCAUCUAGUCUACUGGGAGUUGAAGUCAUGACUUAACAUCUAGCAUGCUGGAUGUUGAUUUCAUCACUUGGCAUACAGCAGCUAGUAUGCUGUGUAAGCCCAUUCUGAAGCUGAGAUCUUAUGUUAAGUAUUAAACAAUGGCGUGAUGAUCGGCUCCAUUACUUAUGCUCAACGGCAUAAAGGUUUCUCCUUAUUUACGCUAGUUUGGCCUAAGGUGUGUGUGUGUGUGUGUGUGUGUGUGUGUGUGUGUGUGUGUGUGUGUGUGUGUGUGUGUGUGUGUGUGUGUGUGUGUGUGUGUGUGUGUGUGUGUGUGUGUGUGUGUGUGUGUACUUGGGAUUUGUUAGCGUGUGUUUAGGUAUUAUUAGGUUUUGUGUUUCUAUGUUAUGUUUUUUGCUAGGUUGUGUUUUUAUCCCGCAUUCAAUACCAAACAUACAGGACUAAUUGUAAGAAACUGUCUGACAUAGUGCUUCUGUCAUGGAAACUGACCAAUCAAAAUAAAAGAGUAGGAAAGGCAGCAUCUGUCAUUGCUUCUAGAGAUGCGGACAAGCUUUCAGGACGUAAUUUUUAAGUAUCUUAAUCCUUCAUAAUGCAUACAAACUAUGAUUGAUCUGAUUAAUUAACCGUUUUACAUUCUCCCACGUGCAAAAGUCAACACUCACAUCUGCUGUACUGAAUGGCAUAAUCCUUAACUGCCCCAAUAAUAUAAAUAUUAUACUGAACCUCCAGCGGGUACUGAGUAUACAGCCAUGUAUAGAGGGGCAGAAUAGCCUACGGGUACAGAGUCCUACAGUACCAUUGUCCAUUUAUGCCUAGCUUAAUACAUACUGUUACCCUUAGUUAUAUACAUCAGAAAUCCUAAUUUAUGACUGAUGUGAUCCAAAUGUCUUUUAAAGUUCUCUUUUAAAUCAGCUUAAUAAAACCAAGUAAACUUG